AUGUCACGGCCGGCCACUUCAAGAUCGACGGCUGACAAAGACAAGACUCUAAAACCAUCAGAGAUAUCUUCGGGGAGGGCUCGCAUGUCAGAAAAUUUGGCUGCUCUAGGAAGCGUCUCUGAUGCCGACUGCCACUUUGGUUUUUCGCUUCCUGUUUCUUUCUUGCAGUCAAACCUGGAAUUCGUGUUGCCCAAAUGCUUCUCGCGAAAGCCAACGUUUUCUCCCGAACUGUUUAAUUGUCUUAGCCCUGUCUUCAUCAAGAAAAUUAAACCGUUUUUUUUUCUUUUCUUUCUUCUCCCCUCCCCUGUCCUCCCUCUCCCACUCCUUCUUCUUCCCACCUUCUUCUCCCAUACACCUCCUUCUUCUCCCCUCUCCUUUCCUCCCAAAACUAUCCCACCUCUCUUUUCUCUUUCAACGCCUUCGUCCCAUUCGAUGACGUUUCAUUCGUUUUCCCUGCGAUUCUAUUUGCAUUUCUUGAGAAUUGUUGCUUUCUCAUUUAUUCUCUGUCACUCAGGCGCCGAUUACAGUCUUCAGCAGUUCUCGCCUCCUACCGACAUCAUUUCUCUCUUCAUUACAAACGCCGAUCACAGCUGUCGGCCUUCUUACAGUUUCUCUUACGUUUCUUUAGUAACACGACUGGUCAAGAAGUUAGUUUGUAAGCAGCUCUGUCUUGUGCUGUAA